AUGCUUACUUCGGAUCAAUCUCAUCAACAGGCAGCGGACCUGGAAUUUGGACAUGAGCAUGAUUUGGACGGAAUCAAGAAGAAAAACCAGAAUCAGCCUGAUAUCAACACCGACAAUGACCCAUUUGGAAAUGAAGAAACGGCUGAAGUCAAGUACCGUACAAUGAAGUGGUGGCAAUGUGGCACGCUGAUGGUUGCGGAGAACAUAUCUCUAGGCAUUCUUUCUCUGCCAUCUGCAGUUGCGACGCUUGGAAUGGUACCGUUUGCCGGCUUGGUCGUCUUCAUCUCUGCUUUGUCAUGGUACACUGGAAUUAUCAUCGGACAAUUCAAGAUACGUCACCCUUGGGUACACAGUAUGGCGGAUGCUGGCCAUGUUCUCUUCGACCCUAUCGGACGAGAGAUUAUUGGGAUCGGGCAAUUAUUACUUCUAAUCUUCAUCAUGGGAUCCCAUAUCGUUACUUUCACGAUAUUGAUGAAUACCCUGACAAAUCACAGAACCUGCAGCAUAGUAUUUGGUUUGAUUGGGUUGUUUAUCUGCUUUCUCUGCGCCCUGCCACGCACCAUGGAAAAGGUCGUGUGGAUGUCGAUCGCAUCUUUCCUCAGUAUUCUGGUUGCUACCAUCGCCACCAUUAUCGCAACGGGUAUUGAAGCCAAGGAGCCGGUUGCUCUCGACUCUGUCCGUGAAGUCAGUUUUUACAAGGCUUUCUUGGCUGUCACCAAUAUUAUUUUUGCUUACAUCGCUCAUGUUGCUUUCUUUGGGUUCAUUUCUGAGAUGGAGGAGCCACACACAUUCCCAAAAUCUCUGGCGAUGCUCCAGAUCGUCGACACAGCCAUGUAUCUAAUUACCGGUCUUCUCAUCUAUAGAUACGUUGGACGUGAUGUUCAGUCUCCAGCCCUUUCAUCAGCAGGCCCUUUGAUGAGAAAGGUCGCGUACGGUCUUGCAAUUCCGACGGUGAUUAUUUCUGGCGUGGUAUUCGGUCACGUCGCUUCAAAAUAUGUUUACGUCCGUAUGUAUCGCGGAUCUGACCGUAUGCAUGAACGGAGUUUCGUAUCAGUGGGCUUUUGGGUUGGUAUCGCUCUAAUUAUAUGGACCAUUGCAUGGAUUAUUGCCGAAUCAAUCCCGGCAUUCAACGAUCUGCUCAGUCUAGUGAGCUCCUUAUUUGGAAGUAUCUUCAGCUACGGACUCCCUGCGAUUUUCUGGCUAUCUAUGAAUCGAGGAAGUUACAACGCAUCGGCUUCGAAAAUAUUCUUGACGAUGGUCAAUAUAGCCAUAAUUGGCAUCGCGUUUGCAAUUUGCGGCAUGGGUCUCUAUGUGUCAGGACGAGCUAUAAAAGAAGGCUCAUCCCAUGGAAGCUGGGCUUGCUCUAGCAAUAUUUAA